CUUCUAUCGCGCGCUUUCUCUGGAUGGCACGCAAGGUUUCGUCAGUGUCUCUGAUGUUCAUUGGAAUUUCACUUAUAAACGCCCAAGUUUGAACAUCCACCCCCUCACAUCUCUUCGCCUCAUCCCACGGCCCCGCUCAUUCUCUGAAGCGUGACCCAGUGACAACGGCUGAGACAGAGAGAGUAUUUUUCUAUCUCUCAGAUUUUUGAACCAACACAAUGGCUGAUCAGUUGACCGAGGAGCAAAUCGCCGAGUUCAAGGAGGCCUUCAGCCUCUUCGACAAGGACGGCGAUGGCACCAUCACCACCAAGGAGCUCGGCACCGUCAUGCGCUCCCUGGGCCAGAACCCCACUGAGGCUGAGCUUCAGGACAUGAUCAACGAGGUUGAUGCUGACGGCAACGGCACCAUUGACUUUCCCGAGUUCCUCACCAUGAUGGCCCGCAAGAUGAAGGACUCUGACACUGAGGAGGAGAUCCGCGAGGCCUUCCGCGUCUUUGACAAGGACGGCAACGGCCGCAUCUCUGCUGCUGAGCUCCGCCAUGUCAUGACCAACCUCGGCGAGAAGCUCACCGACGAGGAAGUCGAUGAGAUGAUCCGUGAGGCUGACAUUGAUGGUGACGGCGAGGUCGACUACAACGAGUUUGUCCGCAUGAUGACCUCCAAGUAAAUGCCUUCUCUCUCAUCUUGCCUCUAUCCCCCCUUGUGUGUAUCUGUUGCACGUUUUCUAUUCGGGCCGGUUUGAGCCUUUUGAUUGACUUGGCACUGCAAGCACUGCCAGAGACAAAAAAAAAAUAUGAACCUUUGAGAAAAAAUUGAAAAAAACACUGA